GCCCCCUCCAUUACUCGACACAAGCUUCGAAGCCUCGAUACAGAACAUCACAUCACUACUUUCAAUUGUUUGCCAACCGCCAGUACAAAUGUAAGAAAGAAAGAAAGAAAGAAAGAAAGAAAGAAAGAAAGAAAGAAAGAAAGAAGAACGCUUACACUCCACUUCAGCAGGUGGCGCUAACGCACCUCUAGAGUGAUUUUCCAACCGCACUACGGAAGCCGUAGAGGAAGAAGAAACUCGAAGAUGGAGGAUUUGGUGUCUGUUGAGAAGAGUCCGGAAGACAUGCCGGCGGUACUGAGCUCCAGACCUCAGACGGGACUCUCCUUCCUGGCACCAGAACCAGAAGAUCUGGAGGACCUGUACACCAGAUACAAGAAGCUGCAGCAGGAGCUCGAGUUCCUGGAGGUGCAGGAGGAGUACAUCAAAGAUGAGCAGAAGAAUCUGAAGAAGGAGUUCCUGCACGCUCAGGAGGAGGUGAAGAGGAUACAGAGCAUCCCUCUCGUCAUUGGCCAGUUCCUGGAAGCUGUUGACCAGAACACAGCUAUUGUUGGUUCCACUACAGGGUCGAACUACUAUGUGCGGAUCCUGAGCACCAUCGACAGAGAGCUGCUGAAGCCCAACGCCUCGGUGGCCUUACAUAAGCACAGCAACGCUCUGGUGGACGUGCUCCCCCCGGAGGCCGACAGCAGCAUCAUGAUGCUGACGUCAGACCAAAAGCCUGACGUGAUGUAUGCCGACAUUGGUGGUAUGGACAUUCAGAAGCAGGAAGUGAGAGAAGCUGUGGAGCUGCCUCUCACACACUUUGAGCUCUAUAAACAGAUUGGCAUUGACCCUCCCAGGGGCGUCCUUAUGUACGGACCUCCAGGCUGCGGUAAGACCAUGUUGGCCAAAGCCGUGGCUCACCACACUACAGCGGCGUUCAUCCGCGUGGUCGGCUCCGAGUUUGUUCAGAAGUAUUUGGGGGAAGGUCCUCGUAUGGUGAGGGACGUGUUCCGGCUGGCGAAAGAAAACGCCCCCGCCAUCAUCUUCAUCGACGAGAUCGACGCCAUCGCAACGAAGCGUUUCGAUGCACAGACCGGAGCUGACAGGGAAGUGCAGAGAAUCUUACUCGAGCUGCUCAAUCAGAUGGACGGAUUCGACCAGAAUGUCAACGUCAAGGUGAUCAUGGCCACCAACAGAGCCGACACUCUGGACCCGGCUCUGCUCCGCCCGGGUCGUCUGGACAGGAAGAUCGAGUUCCCGUUGCCCGACCGCAGGCAGAAGCGUCUCAUUUUCUCCACCAUCACCAGUAAAAUGAACCUGUCGGAGGAGGUCGACCUGGAGGACUAUGUGGCCCGACCAGACAAGAUCUCUGGAGCUGACAUCAACUCCAUCUGCCAGGAGGCCGGCAUGUUGGCAGUGCGAGAGAACAGGUACAUCGUCCUCGCCAAAGAUUUUGAAAAAGCCUACAAAACGGUCAUCAAAAAGGACGAGCAGGAGCACGAGUUCUACAAGUAGACGGAAAAGAUCAUCGGGAAGAAUAAAGAUGUCCAGACACACGUCUGUUAUUGAUUUCCGUCUGUGUCUGUAACUACGGCUUUUGUGAAUUCACGACCUGCGUUGAUUUUUGGACUAAAUUUACUCACUGUGGCGCUCGUGGCCUCACGUCAGCCCCGUGUCACACCACCAUGUGAAGGAGUGUGUUUUCCUACAUGCGCUCCUCUGGUUCCUAAAAUAUCUGGCCCUGACUGUAGCUAGGAUAGAGCAUUUGUAUCUGUGUGUAGUCUGAAUAACCCGAGAAAUACAUUAAAGAUGUUUUCCAUAAAAACAGGAAA